GUGAGAACUUCAAAUUUAAAUUAUUUAGAUUUGUUAUUUCUUUCUAUAAGAAGUUUGCAAUAUGCUAAACCAGUGUUAGCAAGUCCCAGACCAGUCGUCUUCACAUCUGCAGUCAUUCAUUGCACUAACAGGGCCUGAGCAGGAGCAACACUCUAGGAGAUCGCGAUGGGAGUCACAGGCCUGGAUAAGAUCAAAACCCUGCAGCGAAACCCGGCUAACAUCAGAAAUCUGUGCAUCCUGGCACAUGUUGAUCACGGUAAAACCACUCUGGCUGACUGUCUGGUGGCGAAUAAUGGGAUCAUAUCAAGUCGACUGGCUGGGAAGCUGAGAUAUCUGGACAGUAGGGAGGAUGAACAGGUUAGAGGAAUCACCAUGAAGUCCAGCGCCAUCUCUCUGCACUACAGCACAGGCAACCAGGAGUACCUUCUAAAUCUGAUCGACUCUCCUGGUCAUGUCGACUUCUCCUCUGAGGUUUCCACAGCGGUGCGGCUGUGUGAUGGAGCCAUUGUGGUUGUAGAUGCUGUUGAGGGUGUUUGCCCACAGACCCAGGUUGUCCUCCGACAGGCCUGGCUUGAGAACAUCAGGCCUGUUCUGGUCAUUAAUAAGAUGGACAGGCUCAUUAUGGAGCUGAAGCUCACCGCUCUGGAAGCAUACACGCACCUGCAGAAGAUCCUGGAGCAGGUCAAUGCUGUCACAGGGACUCUGUUCACGUCUAAAGUGCUCGAAGAGCGAGCGGAAAAGGUGAAGGAGGAGGUGAACAGGGACAAGGACCCAAGUGGAGAUCAGGUUUAUGACUGGAGUGCUGGACUGGAGGAUGCUGACGACUCUCACCUCUACUUUUCUCCUGACCAAGGAAAUGUGGUGUUUGCCAGCGCCAUAGAUGGAUGGGGUUUCAGCAUUCAGCAUUUUGCCCACAUAUACAGUCAGAAGAUGGGGAUCAGGACUGAGGUGCUGCUGAAAACCUUGUGGGGAGACUUCUAUCUCAACACAAAAAUUCAGAGAAUCAUGAAAGGCGCUCAGACCAAAGGAAAGAAGCCGCUGUUUGUGCAACUUGUGCUGGAUAACAUUUGGAGUUUGUAUGAUGCAGUCAUUACUAGAAGAGACAAGCAGAAAGUGGAAAAGGUGAUGACCUCACUUGGGAUAAAGGUGAUGACAAGGGACCUGCGUCACUCUGACCCAAAAGUUCUCCUCUUUGCUAUCUGUAACCAAUGGUUACCAGUUUCCAAGGCUGUCCUCUCAAUGGUGUGUGAGAAGCUUCCCAGUCCUUUAGAGAUGACAGCAGAGAAAGUGGAGAAGCUGAUGAGUGUUGGAACCCGUCGAUUUGAUUCACUGCCUGAAAGGACGCAAGAACUGAAGACAGCUUUCCUCCAGUGUUCCAGUGAGAUAAAUGCCCCAGUCAUCAUUUUUGUGUCCAAAAUGUUUGCUGUGGACACCAAAGCUUUGCCUCAGAAGAGACAGAGGCCUUUAAACCAGGAGGAGAUUACUCAGCGUAGGGAAGUGGCAAGACAAAGGCAUGCUGAGAAACUGGCUGCAGAGAGCCUUGAGAGGGCCACCCGGUCAUGUAGUGCUCCAAGAGAAGCUACUAUGACACGUCUGCCUCUAAAACCAGAGGAGGAAGAGGAGCAGAAGGAGGUCUUCAUAGCAUUCGCAAGAAUCUACAGUGGGACAGUCAAGAAAGGUCAAAGGGUUUUUGUUCUGGGACCAAAGUAUGAUCCUGCUCAGGGCCUGAGUCUGCUGCCAGAAGGAUCCAGUACAUCUGACUGUAUUCCGGAAGUACCUCAUCUGUCCUGUUGUACCGUGGAAAACCUUUACCUGCUUAUGGGCCGAGAGCUGGAAGAGUUGGAGGAAAUCCCUGCUGGAAAUGUUAUGGGCAUUGGAGGUUUGGAGGACUGUGUCUUAAAGACAGCUACCCUGUCAGCGUCCCUUGCUUGUUCCCCCUUCACCCCACUCAACUUUGAAGCUGCACCCAUUGUACGGGUUGCUGUAGAGCCAAAACAUCCAAGUGAGAUGCCAAAGCUGGUUUCUGGGAUGCGUUUGUUGAACCAGGCAGAUCCAUGUGUUGAAGUUCUGAUACAGGAAACAGGAGAGCAUGUUCUGGUCACUGCUGGAGAAGUUCACCUGCAGCGCUGUCUAGAUGACCUCAGAGAGAGGUUUGCCAAGAUAGAGAUUAGUGUGUCUAAGCCCAUAAUUCCAUUCAGAGAAACUGUGGUGAGACCUCCAAAGGUGGAUAUGGUGAAUGAGGAACUUGGCAAGCAACAAAAAGUUGCUGUCAUUCAUCAGGUGAAAGAAGAACUCUCUCAGGGUCGUUCAUCUGACUGCCAGCAUGUGGAUCCUGAUGGUCUUGUUACCCUCACCACUCCUAACAGACUUGCUACUGUCUGUGUACGGGCCAUCCCAUUACCACAAGAGGUGACUGUUCUCUUGGAGAGAAACUCUGAGGUAAUUCGGACUCUGGAGCUGAUGAACUCAUCCCUCAGGGAGGGGAGAGCCAUGGACAUAAAUCUCAGGACCCUGGAGGCUAUUGCAGAACUGAAAGACCAUCUUCAGAGUUUGCUGCAGGGAAGAAAGUGGCGGAACGCUGUGGAACGGAUCUGGGCUUUUGGGCCUCGGAGGUAUGGUCCCAACAUUCUUCUGAACAGCAUUAAAGACUACAGCCGACCAUCAGUGUGGCAGUGUCUUGAGUGGAGACACAGUAAUGAUCAAGUUAGAGCUCCAGCUUCUCCACUCCGAGACUUUGAUAACAGUAUCAUCAGUGGUUUCCAACUUGUAACCCUGUCUGGUCCCAUGUGUGAAGAACCCCUGAUGGGAGUUUGCUUCUCGGUUGAGAGGUGGGAUGUCGAGUCUGUAGCUUUUUCACAAAAUCCAGACACCUUGAAAGAGGACUCUGUUUCCCCUGAAGCAUUGCAAGAUGUCAAUUCACAUGGAAACAGUGAAGAUGUGAUAGCAGAGCGAAAGAUGGAUGCUUCUUCUGUGGACUGCUAUGGGCCAGUAUCUGGCCAGCUGAUCGCAGCCAUGAAGGAGGCAUGCCGGCAUGCCUUCCAGGCUCAGCCCCAGAGACUGAUGGCAGCCAUGUACACUUGUGAGAUCAUGGCAACUGCUGAGGUGCUGGGCCGGGUUUAUGGUGUACUUGGAAAGCGAGAAGGUCGAGUCCUCCAUGAAGAGAUGAAAGAAGGGACAGAUAUGUUUAUCAUCACAGCUGUUCUUCCUGUGGCUGAGAGCUUCGGAUUUGCUGAUGAGAUCCGCAAGAGGACAAGUGGACUGGCCAGUCCACAGCUGGUUUUCAGCCACUGGGAGGUGAUCAGCAGUGACCCAUACUGGGUUCCUACCACUGAAGAAGAAUACCUGCAUUUUGGAGAGAAGGCGGACUCUGUGAACCAGGCCCUGAAAUACACGAACGCUGUCCGUCGACGGAAAGGUCUUUUUGUGGAGGAGAAGAUCGUUGAGCAUGCAGAGAAACAGAGGACACUUGGCAAGAACAAGUAGAGGAGACAUCUGUCCAUCCUAUCAGAGAGAAAUGUCAACAUUAUCUCUCCGAUAAUGUUGAGAUCUUUCAAGUCAAUUCAGCAACAUUUUGUGUUGGACUAUACUAUACCAUCAGUCUGUAAUGUCAUCAAGCAGUUGUCCUUGAAGCUCUAUUAUUGUAUGGCAGCAACAGCAAACUUCCUCAAGUUUCUAAUUCAAUGAGAUUAAAUGACAAAAUAUUAGGAAUAAAGUCUGUAGAGAAAGAAAACAGUGCUUUGUUCACUUUAAAGGUAAACAAAUGUAAAUGCCAAAAGUUGGUAUUAGUUUCAAUAAUCAAUCAAUCAAUCAAAUUUUAUUUGUAUAGCACAUUUCAGCAACAAGGCAUUUCAAAGUGCUUUACAUCAUAAAAACACAAGAACACAGUCAUGUAGCAAAGAAUCAACAAUUAAAACAUUACAUUAAGUCAAGUACCACUGUUAAAUUUGUAGUUGAUUAUGUUUCAAAUAUUAUAUAUAUAUUAUAUAUAAUAUCAAAUAAUAGCUACAUCAUUACAACUUAAGGGCGAGGAGGAAGAAGAGUAGAUUUGAUUAAAUAUUUCUGCUGUGUUUUCUGUGAAAAGAAAGUUUUGUGAUAGUAGUUGUUUGUCCAAGUGGGUUAAUGGAUAAAGAACUUUCAAAAUGAGAAACUGCCCUUGUACAGCUUUAUCAAUACAUUUUUAUAUAUAUUAGAGCCAGGCAAGGGGAAGAGGGUGAGCCCUCUGUAUAUGAGCAUGAUUGACAUCACAAAAAGUGUUAUUUUUGUGACGUCAAUCAUAAUUGAUUGCUUAUAUUUAGCGCUGGGAGAAGGCAGAGAAGCUCCUUUUUUUUUUUUUUACAGGUUAUAUUUCUCUUACUGUUACGACAAUGACAGUUUCAACAAAUAUGUAGAAAAAAGUUGUAAAUUAAAUUUAGACCUCUUAUAAAGCUCUUAUUUUCAUAAAAAUAAGAGGUUUCUGUAAAGAGUGCAAGGGUCAACUGUACAUUACAUGUGAAAAGGAAGCAGACAUGCAGUUCGGUGUGUGAUGGAAAACAUGGAUGAAUCCCUGCACACAAGGUUUUCAAAGAGACCAUUUUCUGGAAGACUGCAUGCAGAAGUUAAAAAAGAACUUUGUGAGGGUAGACUGCAGCCACAUGUGUGGAGAGCAUCACAGACAGAAAAACUGAUGGACACUGGAGACCCUGAGCCAAGUCAUCUACCAAAUUUAGCAACUAUGCGUAAAGCCAAACAAGAACAACAUGAAUCUGAAAUGGCUCAUAAAAACCCAGUAUUGUCACUACAGGCAAUAAAAUGUAGUUAUCCUCACAGUGGAAGUAUUAGUGACAUUGGAUUA